CCCAGCCGGCUGCAGCUCUCAUCUCCAGACCUGGCAUUUGCCUGAGGCGACCACGGCACCUACAGCCCCCAUCGGCUUCCCAGGGAGACGCUGCGGCUCUGUUGUGAGCCAUGCUCAGGAGGCAGCUCGUCUGGUGGCACCUGCUGGCUCUGCUUCUCCUCCCAUUUUGCCUGUGUCAAGAUGAAUACAUGGAGGUGAGCGGAAGAGCUAAGAACGCGGUGGCCCGGAUAGUGCAGAGCCACCAGCAGACUGGCCGUAGCGGCUCCAGGAGGGAGAAAGUGAGAGAGCGGAGCCACCCUAAAACUGGGACUGUGGAUAAUAACACUUCUACAGACCUAAAACCCCUGAGACCAGAUGAGCUUCCACACCCUGAGGUAGAGGACCUAGCCCAGAUCAACCCAUUCUGGGGCCAGUCUCCACAAACCGGAGGACUGCCCCCAGACUGCAGCAAGUGUUGUCACGGAGAUUAUGGAUUCCGUGGAUACCAGGGACCCCCUGGGCCUCCAGGCCCUCCUGGCAUUCCAGGAAACCAUGGAAACAAUGGAAAUAACGGAGCCACUGGCCAUGAAGGGGCCAAAGGUGAGAAAGGAGACAAAGGAGACCUGGGGCCUCGAGGGGAGCGGGGGCAGCAUGGCCCCAAAGGAGAGAAGGGCUACCCAGGCGUGCCGCCAGAGCUGCAGAUUGCGUUCAUGGCUUCUCUAGCAACUCACUUCAGCAAUCAGAACAGUGGCAUUAUCUUCAGCAGUGUGGAGACCAACAUCGGAAACUUCUUUGAUGUCAUGACUGGUAGAUUUGGGGCCCCUGUAUCAGGUGUGUACUUCUUCACCUUCAGCAUGAUGAAGCACGAGGAUGUGGAGGAAGUGUACGUGUACCUCAUGCACAAUGGCAACACAGUCUUCAGCAUGUACAGCUAUGAAACGAAGGGGAAAUCAGACACAUCCAGCAACCACGCAGUGCUGAAGCUGGCCAAAGGGGAUGAAGUCUGGCUGAGAAUGGGCAAUGGUGCCCUCCACGGGGACCACCAGCGCUUCUCCACCUUCGCAGGCUUCCUGCUCUUUGAAACUAAGUGACAGGAAGGAUAGGAUAGCUCCACUUUGGGGGAGACCUGUAGCUGAGCUAGGAUUGUUAGGAUUGGAGGGAUGUUGAAUUGGGGGUCCUAUAUGGAGUAUUUAACUGUUGUAUUGGUCACUCUGCUACUUGUUCAACUGGUACACCCAUCAUGUUGGAUGCUUCAGAGGCUCAGAAGAAUAGGCCACAAGGUAACCUUCCCAGAUGACCUUGGGAAAUACUCAGCAUCUUCUUCACUCUUCCCCACAUGUCUGAAGGAAUUGUCACCCGAUGCAGGUUGGAAAUAAGUGUUCACCUCAAAGGAGGCAUGUGCGAAGAGUUUUGGUGCUCUGUUUCAAUGUAAUAUUAACCAAGUUCUAGUCCACUGUUCUUCACAACAUUUCAGAGACUAGCCUGAUUAUGACAGGGCUGGACCAAGAAUAAGAAGACUCACUAGAACCUCUCUGAAGAAACAGUUGUAAAGCUAGACUGGGAAAUAGCAUUUGGUUUAGUGACUUUGUGUUCUUUUAGUCAUAGUAAAAUUAUUUACAAUGCCACAAAUAAUUGGUUGCUCUUCAAAAACAUAAACAAACAUGUAAAUUAAUAUUCAGUUCUAAUGGCUUAGAUUUUCAGAUAUAACAUUUUCUCAUAAUCCAGAACUGGGCUUAUCACAUCUGGCUUACCAGAUCUUCUCUUUGCCAUUGCAUUAUUCUGACUAUAGUAGAGCUCUUCUGACUCUACACAACCAGCUGAGGUAAGAUUAAGCUGAUACAGUACAGAUGUUAUCACAUUUUUUAAUUUGAGGAUUAUCCAAAAUGUUUAUAUUUUAUAUACAGCAUGUUGUGUUGAAGGACUUGUGAACUUAAGUCUAUACAAGCAGACUAAUGGAUUCAGAAUAUAAGUGUAUUCCAUUUAAGGGACACAUAAUAACACAUCUUAAAUGUUUUCAAUAAAAGUGAUGUUAUUUUCUUUAUUAUCAUACUUGACUAAUGUUCACAAAGCAUUUUUAAUAUGCCAUAGUGUUAUAGAAGGCGCUAGUUGCUUUUUGCCUAGCUUUCCCCACCCCAGAAUCUAUCAAAAAAAAGGAUUAAAUUUCUUAUCUAAACACUUUCAUAGAAUGUUCCAAAAGUUGGUGCUCACAGGUAGUACCACAUAUGCAUACAUACACAAAUACAUGCAUACAUACAUACAUACAUACAUACAUAUAUACAUACGUGUGUGUGUGUGUGUGUGUGUGUGUAUUAUUGAGGCUCAAUCCCAAGGCUUUGUACAUGCUAGGCAUGUGCUCUUCUACUGAGCUACAUCUUCAGUACCCAUUUGAUUCUUUGAAGAAUGUAUCACUGUGAUAUGUUUACCCUGGUGUUAAAUCAUAUUUAAAAUGCACCAAUGAAAUGCUUAUCUGAAAAAUAUCACCUAAUCAAUUCUCUUUAAAGUAGCAAGCCCUUAUUUUAUUUUCUACAACAAUUUAAACUUAUGCAAAGGCAUUUAAACCACAAACUUCCUUCAAGUUUUCACAACAGCUAGAGGCAAUGGAAGUCAAGUAGGGUUAUCCUAUUGACUAAUUCAGUGGCUUCCACGUCCAGUCCAAACUUUGACCAGAUCCUUUUUCAUCCACAAACUUGUUUAAACUCCUCCUGAAUCUGCAUCUAAUGCUCUUUUAAAGUGAAUAGCCAUUUGCCAUUAUUUGCCUUAUCAGAAAAUAUUUUUGUGAUUUAGUGUGUGCUUCUAUGCCCAGAGCUGUGGGGUCACAAGGUAAAGGUCUACUGUGAUCAAAUGCCACAAACAUUUCCCAAAAGUGCAAAAGGUAUUUGACUGUUACAUAACAACCAAAGAAAUUUCAUAUCUGAGACUAUCCACUACCUACUAAGUGUCUUGGAGGACGAUUCUGGCAUAGCGUUAGAUGAGACUGUAGCUGGAAAAACUGCAUAAGCGUACGUGGAAAUAAAUUACCCUCUGGUGAUCACA